CAAAGUCAACUACAAACAGGGCUGCAAAUCAUAUUUCAGAAAAAAUGUUCCAAUUACGAUCCUCACACCUCAUCUUCCUCAUGCUUGUCUAUCAACGUUCUGUUUCUGCGAGCUACGAGUAUGCAGGCUUACCGCACGUUUUCAACUCACUUCCAAACGGCAUAGCUUACGCUACACCUUUGCCCUGUGACUUACCUCCUCCGCCGUUGCAGGGUUAUGGCGCUGCCGCCUACGCCAAACCGCUCGUGUUUGCAUCUUAUCCGCACAGUUAUGCGCCCACGCCACAAUAUAAUUAUGCCGCUGUAGCUCCGUCGUUUGCGAAAGCUGAGCCGCGUUUCAAAGUUUCAACUGGCCUUCCUGUCACAACUACAUAUACGACUGCUGUAGGGUUUGCAGCACCUCCGCCAGUGGUGGGUUUGGCACCUGCACCUUCACCAGCAAUAUAUGGUGCACCGCCAACUGGUUAUAGUGGUUCAGUGGCAUAUGCGGCACCACCAAAUUUCAUCGGCUCGACUGCCUAUGCUACACCCACUGUUCUAGCAGCAGCGUCACACGUGAAGAAAUUUCGCGCCCCUUUGCCGGUGACGGGAUACGCGUACGCCCAGGGAGCGGCGUGGUGAGCG